GUUCCGCUUUUCCGGUGGUCGCCUAGUUCUUAAACGGAAAUACUUCCUCGUAAAAGUUUGCAUUUAAUAGUUGCAGCGCAUUGUGCGUGUUUCAAAAUCAGAGUAGGCCAAUUAAUUAAUUUAUUAUUUUUCUCCAAGUUUUCUUUUCAGCGUCUUUAGGAAAAAUGUCAGUUGGCGAUGUUAACAAAGCCGAAAAACCGGUUUCGACUCUAUGGGGUUGCGAGCUAAAUGAGAACAACAGGACUGGCAAGUUUAAAACCGAUGAUUCAAAGCAUCAACACCAGCUUGCACUGAGGACCAUGUGUUUGGGUGAGUCCGCGAAGGAUGAAUUUAAUAUCGUUGAGCUGAUGACGGGCGAAGAUGAAAGCAAGGCGUUUCCGAUGGCGACGCUGCGAGCUUCCGGAAUGCCAACGGUGAAUCUCUCUGGUGUGGACUUGCACCCUCCAAUAACGUUCCAUUUGAAAUAUGGCUCUGGACCAGUGUAUAUAUGUGGAGAACAUGUUGCCUUGGAGGAUGAUUACUUGGAUGAAGAGAUGGAUGAGGAAGAAGAGUUGGCUGAAGAGGAAGAGGAGGAUAUUGAGGAGUCUCCCCCCAAACCUCUUAAGAAACCAGCAGCUAAGAAUGGAGCAGGCAAGAGAAAGAAGCCAGAGGAAGCAGACGAAGAGGGCACAGUCUCUGAUGGCGAGAACCCCCCUAAAAAGGCAACAGGAAGAGGGCGAAAGCCAGCAGCGAAGAAAGUCUGAAUUCUGGUAACAUUAAAAUUUUCCUGGACUUGAUGCAUGGUUAUGGUACUGGUUUGGGGAAGGAAAACUGGUGGCCAUUCAGUAAAAGUUGACCGUUGGACCAGACCAGAGUCUCGAGUCUGAAGUGUGAAGAAAGCUUUGUUUUGGCCUGGUUGACAUGACUGCCUCUCACAGGCCUAGGUCUGCUUCUCAAAUGUUGUACAGUUUAUCACAAGGUUCAAUAAAAUUGAAUGCCUGUAGCCUUCUAAGCAUCAAUAGAUGGCACCACUUAUGUUUACCAUUUACAAACUUGCUUGUAAACUUGCAAAAAAAAAAAAAAAAUGUAAUUCCCACCCCCCUCCCUUCCCACGUAUUUGGCUUGGUGCUAAACACUCUAAGCUCAGAUACUUUGAAACACUCCCCUGGGUUCCUCUUCUAUAAAUGUUGGGUUAUAAACCAGAUUGUUUAUGUUUUUUUUUUUUUUUUUUUUUUUGUGCAUUAUCUUGUGCAGUCCCUUGCUUCACCUCCUCUGCCGUCACCAUGCUGGUUGAACUUGAGACUCCGAUCAUUUAAGUGGGUAUUUAUAAAACUAUGCGGAGUUGCAGCAGUGUUGCAGCAUGCAUGACUGACAUAAAUUUAUAUUUAACAAUUCAGGCCUUGCCUGAAAAUGUAACAAGUCAUUCACACCUAGCUGUCCACUGUGUUCAAGUGGUUAUUUUGGUGGGUCCAUAUCAUAUUGAUUUGAAUAAAUGCAUUUGCAGAUCUCA